AUGGGCAAACGCGCGCCCGCGAUGCUGCCCGUGACCGAAGCCGAGAAGCUGCUGGUCCACGACGUGUUCCAGACGGGCCAUGCACCGACCGACAAGACACAGCACCACAAGCGCAAGAAACAGCGCUCGAGCACGGGCGGGUCAACGCUGCGCGCUGCGUGGGUGGACGACGACGACGCGGGCGUGCAGGUGAACCUCGAGACGCAGCCGCAACUGCGCAAGCACCGCAAGACCGAGCGGGACACGGUCGUGAGUGGCCACGAGCUCCAGAGUCGACUGAAGACGUUUUAUCAAUCGGGACAUGGUGCGGCGUCGUGGGCGGACCCUGAAAACUUCGUGGGCGAGCAGCUUGUGGACAGUAAUGACAGUGACGAUGAAAACGAAGCCGAGAUUGUCCGGAGUACUGGCAAGAUGCUGGACUCGUCGAGUGAAGCAGUGCCUCAGGGGGAGCUGGAGAUCGUCCGUAUGAAAGAUGCGAAUCAACAUGCGCCGUCGAAUGCAGUUGUGCAGUCGGUGCAGUUCCACCCGAACGGGCAGUUGAUGCUCACGGCAGGGCUAGACAAGACGCUGCGUCUUUUUCAAGUCGACGGCAGCAAGAAUGCAAAAGUCGAGAGUGUGUUUGUGCAGAGCUUGCCCAUGAUGGACGCGAAGUUCACGCUGGGUGGUCAGCGUGCGGUUCUGACGGGUCCUCGUCAGUACUUUUUUUCCUACGACAUUGAAGCAGGCAAGAUCACCAAGAUACCAGGUCUCUAUGGACGGAAAGAGAAGAAACGCGAUACGUUUGUCGUCUCGGACAAUGGAGAGACACUUGUGCUCAUGGGGAGCAACGGAUACAUGGACGUAGUGUCUGCCAAGUCGUACGAGUCGAUUGGAACGCUGAAGAUGAAUGGAAGUGCUCAGUCGGCAGCGUUUUGCGAGAAUGAUCGAUAUUUGCUAAGUACAGGCUCAGACGGUCAAGUGUACAAGUGGGACAUGCGUACCCGGCGAUGUGUGUUUGUCCACGAUGACGAAGGCAGUUUAGGCAAUCACGCUCUGGCAGCAAGCGACAAGUACUACGCUGCCGGCUCGAAAAGUGGUGUAGUGAACAUCUACGACAACGCAGGAUUGACAGCCAUGCCGAAGCCGCGCAAGGCGUUGAUGCACCUCACGACUCAGGUCGAUCGUCUCAAGUUCAACGCCAGCUCGGAGAUUCUGGCGAUGGCAUCAACGGGCACCAAGAACUCGCUGAAAUUGGUUCACAUGCCGUCGUUGACCGUUUUUGCCAACUGGCCGACCGCACACACACCGCUGCAUUAUGUCUCGGCAAUGGACUUUAGUCCCAACAGCGGUUACUUUGCAGUCGGCAAUGCCAGAGGGCGUGUGCUUUUGUAUCGACUGACGCACUACAAGUCCACAUAG